UUUGGACUGAAUCUGACCCGUAUUAAAAUGUGUGGGAUGCAAUAAUUUAAAACAUAAUAUCUAUAACUAAAAUAUGUUUAGACUGAAUCUGGCCCGAAUUAAAAUAUAUUUAGGAUCAAUUCUGGCCAUGACUCUAUCUAAUCUAUAUAAUAGUAUCACCUUUAUCCACAGUUACUUUCCUGACUCCUGCAGAGAACACAUGUUCUCACAACUGCUCAUGCUCAUGGUUUUUUAAUAAACGGUGGGCAAUAUUCAUUGUGAUAGUAAAGACUAUAUAAUUUCGACAUAAAUAAUGAAUUAAAAAAAGUUCAAGAAUCGAAACUUAUUGUAUAGAACAUUAUUAAAAUAAAACAAAUAAUAUUAAUAUGACCGAACAAUGUUUGCCUAUGUCUCAAACAAGCCGUGUACAAUAACAUUCUACAUAAAAUCUUCUCCCCAGAUGCACAAUAUUUAUUGGGAAAUCAGCGUUAAGGAUUGCCAUUUGAAUAAACUGCAAACUUGUUCCAAAGUGAAGAUGGAGUAAUAAAAUGAUGCCAUGGAAAUGAAAGCACUUUAUAAAAAAUCUCCAUCCUCAACCACAAUAUCAAUUCGUGUACAUACACAUUACAUUUAUGUAUAUUAAUAUUAAUAUUGGUAAAUAAUCAACAGAUUAAAAUCAACACCUAUCAUUAUAGAUGUACUCCCUCCGUCCACCAUUUAAAGAGCCAUUUUGACUCGGCACGAGUUUUAACAAAUUAUUUGACUUUGUGAAGAAAAGUAAAGGGAGAAAGUGAGUGGAAUGUGAGACCAAUUUAAAGUAUUAGUUUUAUAUUGGAUUGUGAAUGUAAAAUGUUGGUGGGACGUGGGAUCUUAUACUAAAAGUGGAAUAAAGCAAAUGGUUCUAUAAAUCGUGGACAAGCCAAAAUGGCAAAAAGGUUCUUUAAAUCGUGGACGGAAGGAGUACUACAUAAAUUGACCGAAACUCAAGUAACCCUAACAAUAGCCCUCUCUCCUCCCUCCCUCCACCAAAUCUCCACACCUUGCUGCAGUCCAUCCAUCCAAACUACAUAUCCAAAUCCCCCAUUCCAUUUCCAUUACACACAAAAAAAAAAAACAAAAAAAAGAAGAGAGAGAGAAUCCCAAUUCUGCCAUGCAUAUUUGUGCAUGUGUAUGUGCGUGUAUGUAACAAUGCCCCAUUAAAUCAAAACAAAAAUCCUUACAUACAUAUAUAUUCAUACGUGUUAUAAAUAUAAAAACGCACAUACACACACACAGAAAGAAAGGAACAAAAAAAAAAAUGGCCCGUAGCCUGAGCCUGACCGGAUCGGCGGACUUUCUGUACCGGAGCUUCUUCUCAUACUCGGGGCUCCGGUCGACGAAAACGGAUCUGCAAGAGGGUACGGUGAUGCACUGCUGGGUGCCGAAGAGCCAUAAGGCGUCGAAGCCGAACCUGAUGCUGGUCCACGGCUUCGGCGCCAACGCCAUGUGGCAGUACGGCGACCUCCUCCACCACCUGAUGCCGCGCUACAACGUCUACGUCCCCGACCUCCUCUUCUUCGGGGAGUCGUGGACGCGACGCCCUGACCGCUCUGAAGACUUUCAAGCGCAGUGCCUGAUGCGCCUGAUGGAGGCGCACGGGGUGGCUAGGCUGAGCGUGGUGGGGAUCAGCUACGGCGGCUUCGUCAGCUACAGCAUGGCGGCGCAGUUCCCGGAGAUGGUGGAGAAGGUGGUGGUGUGCUGCUCCGGGGUGUGCCUGGAGGAGAAGGAUCUCAAGGAGGGGCUGUUCGAGGUGGCGGAUCUGGAGGAGGUGGCCAGCAUUCUCAUGCCGCAGACGCCGCAGAAGCUCAGGGAGUUGAUCAAGUUCGCCUUUGCCAAGCCGGUCAAGGGCGUCCCUUCUUGCUUCCUCUCCGAUUAUAUCCACGUUUUCUGUACAGAAUUUCUUGCUCAGAAAAAAGAACUAAUUCAUGCUUUAACUGCCGACAGAAAGCUCGACAGAAUACCCAAGAUCGAACAGCCAACGUUGAUCAUAUGGGGAGAGCAGGACAAAAUAUUCCCACUGGAGUUGGGAUUCAGACUCCAAAGGCACAUAGGUGACAAUGCAAGAAUUAAAGUGAUAAAGAAUGCUGGACAUGCUUUGAACAUUGAAAAACCAAGGGAGUUUGCUAAGCAUUUGAAAGCAUUUUUAAUUGAAGAUAGUUCUAGCCCAAGAUCAAAUUGGAAUUGGAGUUAAAGCUCUAACUUGAGUUCAUAUUCAAAUUCAAGUUCGAGUUCAAGUACAUAUUCGAAUACCAACCCUUACUCCCUUUCAUCGUUGCGACAAAAAAAUUUCUUUA